CCGGGACCCAUUUGCUUGCUUCCUGCAGGCGCACCUACGUGGGCAGCAUGCCCGGCCGCAUCAUCAACGGCCUGAAGACGGUCGGGGUGAACAACCCGGUGUUCCUGUUGGACGAGGUGGACAAGCUGGGCAAGAGCCUGCAGGGCGACCCCGCCGCAGCUCUGCUCGAGGUGCUGGAUCCGGAGCAGAACCAUAACUUCACCGACCACUAUCUCAACGUGGCCUUCGACCUCUCCCAAGUCCUCUUCAUCGCGACCGCCAACACCACGGCCACCAUCCCGGCGGCCCUGCUGGACAGGAUGGAGAUCAUCCAGGUGCCAGGGUACACGCAGGAGGAGAAGAUAGAGAUCGCCCACCGGCACCUCAUCCCCAAGCAGCUGGACCAGCACGGGCUGACCCCGCAGCAGCUGCAGAUCCCCCCGGCCACCACCCUGGGCAUCAUCACCAGGUACACCCGGGAGGCGGGCGUGCGCUCCCUGGACAGGAAGCUGGGGGCCAUCUGCCGAGCGGUGGCCGUGAAGGUCGCCGAAGGACAGCACAGAGAAGCCAAGUUGGAGCGCGCCGAUGCGACGGAGGCAGAAGGUGUGUGGCCCUCCGCGGUGUCGGGCAGGAGGGGGGGCAGUGCAG